CCAGACAACCAGAAGGAGGCAGGUCUUGUCUUAAAAAAACUGACUUUUUUUGUGUGUUGUGUUGCUUCAACUUUGACUUUUGAAAAAAAUUAUUCGUUCGUUUCAAAUUUCUAAAUUUGUUUUUGGUUUUGGUGAUUUGAUCAAGUUCCGAAAAAUAAGAAGAAUGGCGACAGAAUCGACCGGUCAAAAUAAUGAAAAACGUUUAUUCAUUCCGGAUACAUCGACAACGACAAUGGGUGAAAAAUUACGAACAACAACCGAAGAUAUUUGUCUUGAAGCUGGUUAUUAUCUACAUAAAAAACCAUUAGGUGAAGGUGGUUUUGGUAAAGUACGUUUAGCAACACAUUUACGUACAAAUCAAAAAGUAGCAAUCAAAAUGAUGAAUAAACAAAAAUUGGGACAAGAUUUACAACGUGUUCGUAUUGAAAUUGAAGCAUUAAAAGUUUUACAACAUGAUAAUAUUGCUAAAAUGUUACAAGUUAUUGAAACUGAUACGGAUAUUUAUUUGGUUCUAGAAUAUUGUAGUGGUGGUGAAUUGUUUGAUUAUUUGAUUGCUAAACGUCGAUUAACCGAAACUGAAGUUCGUGUUAUUAUGAAAGAUUUAUUUAAAGUUUUACUUUAUAUUCAUAAUCGUGGUUUUGCACAUCGUGAUCUGAAACCAGAAAAUAUUCUAUUCGAUCAGAAUCAUAAAAUUAAAUUGAUUGAUUUUGGUUUGGCUGCUAAUUCUUCGAAAAACAAAGCAGCAUUAUCAUUUUUACAAACUUGUUGUGGAAGUCCAGCAUAUGCUGCACCUGAAUUACUUCGAGGACUUACAUAUUCUGGUCCGGCUGUUGAUGUUUGGAGUGCCGGUAUCCUAUUAUAUUCACUUUUGGUUGGCCAAUUACCAUUCGAUGAUGAUAACAUUAAUAAUUUGUAUAAAAAAAUUCAAGAUGGUCGUUUUAUGAUGCCACAAUGGCUUUCGGCUGAUGUUCGCGAUCUAAUCGCAUCAAUGUUACGUUCAAAUCCAGCCGAUCGUAUUACAGUUGCUAAAGCAUUGGAUCAUCGUUGGAUUCGUAAAGGAUUUACAAGUCAUUCACCAUCGAUGCCACCACCAAUUCCAUCGCAUGGUCCAUUAUCACCUGCUACAAUUGAUUCGAAAAUAUUUUCCUAUCUUCAACAAUUAUUUCCUCGAAUGACCGAUUUGGAAUUACGUCGUCGUUUAAAAUUAUUUGGCUAUGUAACGGCUACAUAUUUAUUACUUAAACAUGAUCCACAAGCUAUUCAGGCCGUAAAAGAAUCAUUACAAUUACGAAUGAAAUCAUUAGCACAACAGCAACAAGAAUUAUCCGGUUUGGUUAAAAAAUCUGAAAAUCUUAUUGUUGAGCCACGUAUUGCUGCCAUAAAACGUAAAUUACAACUUGAUUGUAACGAUACGAUCAAUUCACAACAGCAACAACAACAACAAACAGAUCAAACCGAACCAAUGACCAAAAAAGUUAAAGAAAUGAUUUCAACACCGAAAAAGACAUUAUUAUUGAAUGGUAUUAAUUCAACAACGGUUACACCGAAAAUUCCACCACCAUUAUUAACUGAACGUAAACAAAUGCUGAUAAAUAGUGCUAAAUGUCAUCAAUCACCUGCAUUAUCACCACGUGUACCAAUGAGAUUAACACCACAAAAAGCUCGACAAAUUAAAUCACCAAAACUACAGAAACCAAUGAAUGAUGAAAAUUCGGUAUCGAUUAAGGCAAAAACUUUGGUGAAAAGUCCAUUGGCUAACAAUAAUACUAAUGGCGGUGUUACAACCAUAAAAAGUCCAUUACGAGAUGUGUGUAAUCAGGUUUUAUCGCCAACGAAUAAACAACAACAACAAAUCAAACCAUCACCGAAAAUAAUGCUAAAUACACCGACUAAAACAUCAUCAUCGACAAAAAAAUCAUUAUUGCAACGUUUAAUGGCAUCAGCAACACCAACAUCCAGAUCAAAUACCCCAAGAAAAUUAGAUACAUCAAUGCCAUCGAAUAAUAUAACGAUGACAUCGUAUAAAGAACCACAAGAAUGUAUUGAUCAUUUAAUACAUACAUUACGUUCAAAAGGUGUUGAUUGUAAACAGAAAAAUUUUACCUUGAAAUGUUUUUUCAACGACAAAAUUCAUUCAUCAUUAAAAUUUGAUUUAGAAAUUUGUCAAUUUAAUGGUCUUUGUGUUAUACAUCGUAAACGUUUAAAUGGUGAUGCUUGGAAUUAUAAAAAAAUUUGUGAAUUAAUUUUACAAUUAAGUAAUGAACAACAAUUGGCUGCAUUGAAUAAUGAUGCUAAGAAAUCGACGACCAUACAGCCACAGCAACCGAUUGAAACCGAAACCCGCGUUUGAUAAUUUGCCAACCACCCAAAUAUAAAUCGAUAACCCUUUUUCCAAAAAAUAUCUAAUUUAUUUCAUAAUUUUUUGAUUAAAUUUAACCAUCAUUAGGUAAUCCUUUA